GGUGAACGUGUCGCUGAGCACAUUAGGAAAGGCGGAGGAUGAAGUUUUGGGGGUGUUUACCAUUUAAAAUAGGUCUGAACUGAACGGGAGCACAUAAAGUGAGCUGGGCUUUUGAUGUGACUGAAACCCAGGAGGACAGGAGCCACAAUCUGGACACUGAGUCAGACUUUGUGGCUGAGCGGCCCUUUAGUGCGCAGGUGGACCUAGGCCAGGGACAGCGGUGAGGAUGGGAGGUGGGGGCCAGCGGACAGAGGCAGGAGGUGUUUACACCUGGGAGGAGGUGCAGAGCCACAACAGCAGGAACGACAUGUGGCUCGUCAUUGAUCGAAAGGUUUACAACAUCACUGAGUGGGCCAAAAGGCAUCCAGGAGGGUUUCGCGUCAUCAGCCACUAUGCUGGAGAGGAUGCCACGGAGCCAUUCACUGCUUUUCAUCCUGACCCAACAUUUGUGCGAAAGUUUCUAAAGCCCCUGUUGCUUGGAGAACUGGCAGCAACAGAGCCCAGCCAGGACCGAAACAAAAAUGCAGCAAUUGUACAGGAUUUCCACAAUUUACGUGUACAGGCAGAGAAAGAUGGUCUGUUUCGAACUCAGCCUUUGUUCUUCUGCCUCCACCUGGGUCACAUCUUGCUGCUGGAGGCCCUCGCCUGGCUGAUGAUUUGGUGCUGGGGAACUAACUGGAUGCUUACAGUUCUGUGCGCGGCCAUUCUGGCAACUUCUCAGUCUCAGGCUGGGUGGCUGCAGCAUGACUUUGGCCACUUGUCGGUUUUCAAGAAGUCCCGCUGGAAUCAUCUAGUUCACAAGUUUGUCAUUGGCCAUUUAAAGGGAGCUUCUGCCAACUGGUGGAAUCAUCGACAUUUCCAGCAUCAUGCAAAACCCAACGUCUUCAAAAAGGACCCUGAUAUCAACAUGUUGAACCUCUUUGUACUUGGAAACGUUCAGCCGGUGGAGUAUGGCAUAAAAAAGAUCAAAGAUAUGCCGUAUCAUCGCCAACACCAGUACUUCUAUCUUGUGGGACCUCCGCUGCUCAUUCCAUUUUUCUAUAACAUUCAUAUAAUGUACACCAUGCUCUCCCGUCGUGACUGGGUGGAUCUGGCUUGGAGCAUGUCGUUCUAUCUUCGCUACUUCUGCUGUUACAUACCCCUGUAUGGCCCAUUCGGCUCACUGGUGCUCAUCAGCUUAGUCAGGUUUUUAGAGAGUCACUGGUUUGUGUGGGUGACUCAGAUUAAUCAUCUGCCCAUGGACAUCGACUAUGAGAAGCACCAGGACUGGCUCAGCAUUCAGCUGUACUCCACCUGCAAUACUGAGCAGUCCUUCUUCAACGACUGGUUCACCGGACACCUCAACUUUCAAAUCGAACACCAUCUGUUUCCUACGAUGCCACGCCACAACUACCACCGGGUGGCUCCACAAGUCCGUGCACUGUGUGAGAAAUACAGGAUUCCUUACCAGGUUAAAACUCUGUGGCAAGGAUUCACUGAUAUUGUUGGGUCACUGAAAAACUCAGGAGACCUCUGGCUUGAUGCAUAUCUCCAUAAAUGAACAUUUUUUACUCACUAAGCUUGAAGUGUACUUAAAAGGAGUGAUGGUUUUUCUCCUUUCCUACACCAUAACUUGAUUGUAUCUGUUUUUAUAAUCCAGCAAAGUUGGGGAAUGAUCUCUUUCCAUAGGUGUUGUAGUUUAGUCUUGGCUUACUUUUCAGAUUUCGUGCAGGAUUUGUCUUAGUGCUCAUAGAAUUGCCUUACAGCACCUUUCACUAACAGUUGUAUACAUUAAUGAAAACUGAUUUAGUUAUUUGCUUGUAAAUUGGUGUUUUGUCUUUAUCAUGUGAUACAGUUUGAACAAGAAAACGUGACAAUUGUGCUGACAAAUGAGAGCUCCAGUGUAACAGGGGCAAAUUAUUUUGCGCUUAGAAUUUCCUUCUUUAACUGCAACUCUUUUCUCAUCUUCUGAUUCAACAAUAAAGAAACUAUGUAGA